AUGUCUGACUUUCUUUCUAGGUCCUCGGCUUCAUCUCCAUCUGACAUGGCUGCUCGCAAAGAAGCCAUGAUGAACAACGUUCGUCAGGAACUGGCGAUUGCAAAUGCACAGGAGCUCAUCAACAAAGCAGGAGAUCGGUGCUUCCUCAAAUGUGUCACCAAGCCCGGAGAGUCGUUGUCUAGUUCGGAGCAGACAUGCCUGGCCAGAUGCCUUGACCGAUACAUGGAGGCGUUCGACAUUGUAAGCCGAACAUACACUGCACGGGUAAGCAGGGAAAGGCAGGAAGGUCAAUCCGCAUCGUUGUAG